ACACGGAAUAUCGCAUCCAGUUAGUAGAUAGAGAUCAGUGAUUUGCACGCACAUUGCACUCAUUAAUGAUUUAUAAUCCUCGAUUGUUGACAUGGUGUCGCAGUGGAACCGCGGUUUGAUGCUUUGUAGGUUACUAUGAAGUUUAAAAAUAAAUCAUACCUCGUCAAGAUCUGAAUGCCUUGGAAUACGGAAACCUAAAAAUUGAAACUAAACCUGCGACGAAAUAUUCAACAGCAAAAGCCUAAAUAAUGCCAAGUUGGACGACAUUGGUCAGACUGUUAAGACGUCGUCUUGUUCUUGGUGUCAUAUUUGCGGUUUCUCUAACUUACUGUGCACUGAGUUUAUUCCAGCAUGAGAAAGGAGCUCUGAUAGAGAGCGACGCCGAUGAUGAUCAGCUAUAUUUUUCGACUGACAAACCAUACCUCUGGGAAAUGCAAGUACUAAACGAAGACAUUGACCUCGACGAAGAGGCGACGUCUGCUCUUAACGGCAGUCGUCCAGUACGAAAUACUUGCCGAAAUUCUAUACAGGGCAAAGCGCUGAUUGUUGAUGAACAUGGACUUGUGUGUACCAGAGGUGAAGUUCUGCCAUCAGGAUGUUGUCCGGAAGAGAUAUCUAUUGCAAAUGAUAAAACAGAAGGAUCUGAUACAAACAUACAGACGUUAGUUAAACGAGAGCGUCAUAGUUGCCAAACCUGCAAUCCUGAAGGAUGUUGCGCAGUCUUUGAAUACUGCGUGUCAUGUUGUUUACGCCCAGGAAAGGCAAAUGAACCAGACGUGAAAUCUGCUUAUGAUCAGAAUCGCAAAACAAAAAAGACAGAGGAAAACGUGAUGCGUCACCGAUUGCGAACUCUUGAUCGAUUUCAAGUUUGUUUGGCUACAUGUCGAACUUCAAGUGCCUCGGUUAGACACGAGAAUACUUACAAGGAUCCACACUCCAAGCACUGCUACAACCUGCUAGCCCAUAGCGCAAAUUCUAAUCAACGUUAUCGGCGUGACUUGAAUCAUAUUUUCAAUAUUAAUAAUAACAGCAGCCCUAAAAAGGUUGCCCUUGCAUCUUUUUCUACUGCCUCAGUUCUUUCAGAUAUCCAUUUACACCAUCAUGUCGUACCCUCAAAUUCCUGAGAAUCUUUACUUCCAAUGAUUUUGUGUAAUCCACAAAAUUUCCGACCAACUGUUUUUUUAACGGAUUGGUAAUUACAGUCCAAUUUACUUCCAACGAGAAA